AUGUUCAGCUCUUUGACUGUCACGGUGGAUUCAGAGAUCUACUUUAUCGGCACGGAGUUGUGGAUCCUUGAUACACGAUCUGGUAAGUUACGUCAGGGUCCGAUCAUGCAGAAGUCUCUAUCUGCUUCGUCGAGAAGCACCGUGGGAGUAGUCGACGGGAAGAUAUACGUGAUCGAUGAAGUGGAAAACGGGGAGAUCCAUGAGGAGGUUUUCGAUCUAGAAUCUCAAACUUGGAAAGUCGAUGGAGUCCAUGUCCCUGACGAGAAAGUGAACAGCAGAUGGAUGAUGAAGUCAUGUGUGACCCUAGAGGGGAAGGUUUAUGCUAUGGAGUAUCAUGACAGUUUUUAA